AUGUCUCUCUUGAAGGAGUAUACCUUAGCAGAUGUUGCAUUGCACAAGAAAAAGACUGAUCUAUGGAUCGCUGUGCACGGAAAAGUUUAUGACGUUACCAAUUACGUCCGGGAUCAUCCUGGUGGAGCGGAUGUACUCUGCGAUGUCGCUGGAACAGACGCGACCGACGCGUACGAGGAUGUCGGGCAUUCUGAAGAUGCCGAUGAGAUCUUGAAGACUUAUUUGAUUGGCACUCUCCAAGGUGUCCAUGAAUUCAAAAGACCAACCCCCGUUCGAGUCAUCCAGCAACAGCCACAACAGGUCACGGAAAAGCCAUCGACUCUCACCAGCGGCAAGCUUACCAUAACUCUUCUCUCGGUGGGCGGCCUCACAUGCUUAGCCUUCCUCCAUUCUCGUGGUCAUCUUUCUCCUGGCAAGCUUGCUGCCUGGUUCUCCAAGAAUUUCCCCAACUGGAUGCACACGAUUCCGAUUCCGAAACUGAGCCUUGGGAAAGGGGGUUUCUCCAAUGGUUUCCUUACUGCUGCGGGCCUCUCUACAGCUAUCGCUGCUUUUGCCGGGUCUAAAUUAAUGAAACUCACUCAAAUUGAGUCUGGCUUCACUCGCUACCCAUCACACCUCAAGAGCAAGAGACUGGCUGAAACCGAUCCUCACCUCAUCAAAGGUUUCCUCGAGCCUAAGGAUUUCAAAGAGCUCCCGCUUAUCACGAAAAUGCAACUUGCACCAAACGUAUACCGAUUCACCUUUGCACUUCCUCAAUCUACGGACGUCAUUGGUCUUCCCAUCGGUCAGCAUGUGGCUAUCAAAGCCACCAUCAAAGGCCAGUCAGUUUCUCGAUCGUAUACACCGACUUCGAACAACCUGGAUCUUGGCGUUCUGGAAUUGGUGAUCAAGUGCUACCCGGAUGGCCUGCUCACAGGCCAGUAUCUUGCCAAUCUGCAAGUUGGUGACAAGGUUCUCUUCCGAGGCCCAAAGGGUGCCAUGAAAUACCGAAAGGGGCUCUGUCAACGUAUUGGGAUGAUCGCUGGUGGGACCGGCAUUACCCCAAUGUACCAGCUCAUUCGUGCCAUCUGCGAAGACGAAACUGAUACCACGGAGAUCAGUCUUGUUUACGCCAACCGCACGGAGGAAGAUAUCCUCUUGCGCGAGGAGCUAGAGAAGUUUGCCCGCAGAUACCCCAAGAACCUGAAGAUUUGGUACAUGCUGGACCAACCUCCACAGAAAUGGAAGUAUGGGAAAGGCUAUGUAACAUCACAGGUCAUGGCGGAAAGACUGCCGGCGCCUUCUGAUGACACGAAGAUCAUGCUGUGUGGUCCCCCUGGGAUGAUCAAUGCCUCGAAAAAGGCAUUAUGCUCUCUGGGAUUCCAAGCCCCUGGUUCCGUAUCGAAGAUGACGGAUCAGAUCUUUUGUUUUUGA